AUGGCUAUCACCAGCGCAGCCAGCGAACCCACCAUAUCCUUUGGCCCGGAAGAUGCCAGACCGUUAAUGUACCCCCAUGAUGACGCCUUAGUCUUCUCAACAGACGUGGCUGGAUGCCUGGUCCACCGAGUUUUUGUGGACUCAGGCAGCGCGGUGAACAUUGUGUACUGGAACUGCUGGAAGGCCCUUGGCUCGGAUGUCAAUGUUGAACCAACGAAUGCACCACUCUAUGGAUUCUCAGGAGAAUCAGUAGUACCAAUCGGAAUGGUAGAACUGCCAGUCACCUUGGGACGAUCGCAGGGUUAUAAAACCAGAACAAUCAGAUUUUUGAUCAUAGACGCUCUGAAACCUACGUACAACAUCAUCUUGGGGCGGCCCGCGCUUAACACCUUCAAGGCAGUAGUUUCCACAUUCUACCUCAAAAUGAAGUUUCCGAUAGACGGUGGAAGAAUUGGGGAGGUGUGGGGGGAUCAAGCUACAUCGAAGCAAUGUCAUGUGCAAACACUAACUCAACAGAAUGAUAGUGUUGGAGACGAUCCCAACACCCGAAAGCAGAAACGAAAGCAAGCAAAUGUCCCGGGGGAACCUAAUGAUCAGAGAAAGGAGAAGAUGGGGAUAGUCACCGCGUCAAACCCCGAACGCAGAGAAAUCAUGGAACUCAGAGAUGGAGUUGAUAAACAGCCACUCGUUUCCACGAGUGAUGCAUGCUUGCUCAUUGAACUUUUUCCUGACAGGGAAGGAUACACUACCAGAAUUGGAGCGGGAAUGGCACCAACCCUCCAAAAGGAAGUUACCGCAUGCCUGCGCAGGAACGCGGAUGUAUUCGCAUUCAACACUUCUGAUCUUAAAGGGAUAGACAAAGAGCUAGCCGAACAUCGUCUUAAUGUGGACCCGACGGUUAAACCAGUCAGACAGAAAACAAGACACUUUGGCGCAGAGAAGGAUGCAGCUAUUCGGGAACAGGUCCAAGCCCUCCUAGAGGCAGGACAUAUCGUGGAAAUCCAAUAUCCCGAAUGGAUAUCUAAUGCAGUCAUGGUAGAAAAGAAAGUCAAGGUGUGGAGAAUGUGUGUGGACUACAGAGACCUCAACGCAGCUUGCCCUAAGGACUGUUACCCGCUCCCUCGAAUAGAUCAACUGGUGGAUGCUACUUCAGGGUGUGAACUCUUGUCCAUGAUGGACGCAUACCAAGGAUAUCAUCAGGUAAGGAUGCAUCCAGAUGAUGUAGCCAAAACCGCCUUCGCAGUGUGCACAGGAGUCUUCGGGUGGGAAAGCAUGCCCUUCGGCCUCAAGAAUGCGGGGGCCACAUACCAGCGUAUGAUGGACAAAAUUUUUAGGACGCAGCUGAGGAGAAAUAUCUCGGUAUAUGUCGACGACAUGUUGGUGCGCAGCAUUAAGGCCAGCUCCCACGUAGCCGAUCUGGAGGAAACCUUCUCAGUAGUCCGCAAGAAUAAACUCAUGCUCAAUCCCGCUAAGUGCACCUUCGGGGUGCAGUCAGGAAAGUUCUUGGGUUAUAGGGUAACACCGGAGGGGAUCGAAGUUAACAAUGACAAAGUUAAAGCUAUUCUGAACAUGACCUCACCCAGGAAUGUCAAAGAAAUCCAAACACUCAACGGGCGAAUUACCGCGUUGAGUCGGUUCAUCUCACGCUCAGCUGAGCGAAGUCUCCCGUUCUUCAAGGUUCUACGAAAAGGAAGUCGGUUUGAAUGGAGUAGUGAGUGCCAAAGAGCCUUCGAAGACCUAAAAGCUUACCUGACCAAACUACCAGUGUUGACAAAACCCUCUCCGGGGGAACCAUUAUACUUAUACAUCUCCGUGGGAGUUGAAUCUCUGAGCUCAGUGCUGGUCCGGGAGGAGAAUCGACAACAAAAACCAAUAUACUUCGUAAGCAAGGUCAUCCAGGGUGCAGAGCUACGCUAUACUGAGGUUGAAAAGACCGCGUACACAAUCAUGAUCACGGCCAGAAAGUUGAGGCCAUACUUCUUAUCGCACAAGGUCAUUGUGAGAACAAUAAUACCAUUCAAACAAAUCUUAGGGCGACCGGAUCUAGCGGGGAAGAUGGUGAAAUGGGCCAUAGAGCUCGGAGAGUACGAAGUCGAGUUUGAGCCGCGCACUACCAUUAGAGCGCAGGCACUGGCGGACUUCAUUCAAGAAGCAACAAGGUGGCCUAUGAGGGGACCGUGGACAGCACAGGUUGAUGGGUCGGUCACCAAAGAAGGGUGUGGGGUGGGAAUCUACAUCACCGCGCCCGAAGGAGAAAUCUACCAAUUCGCUAUCAAGUUUGAAGAUAAACUAUCCAAUAACGAAGCCGAAUAUGAAGCAGUGCUAAGGGCAGCCCACAUACUUAGAGAACUCAGAGCCGACAACGCAGUGAUUAAAACUGACUCUCAACUGGUGGCACAACAGUUAACAGGAGGUUACGGGAUAAAAGAAGAGAGAAUGAAACACUACUUUGACAAAGUCCAGGAGAUUGGGAAAAAGUUUGAGAAAUUUGAAAUACAACAAGUGCCGAGAGAAGAAAACCAACGAGCAGACCUCCUGGCCAGAGUAGCCAGUGCAGUCGAACAAACGUGGAGCGAGGACAUUACCUUGGUGUUCGAACCCAAGAGAGCGGUGGUGGCACAGGUAUACAACAUUGAAACCAAGGACGAUUGGAGAACACCCAUCAUAUACUAUUUGAAAAAUGGCAAACGAAUGGAGGAGGAUACCUCACGGUAUGCCAAAUAUGAGAAUUACUGUCUCAUUGACGAUCAGCUAUACAAGAGGUCUUUCACCCAUCCAUUUUUGAAAUGCCUGGCCCCAGAGGAAGCACGGUUUGCUUUAAAAGAGAUCCACCAAGGGUGCUGCGGUAAUCACGGUGGACACAGGGAUUUGACAAGGAAGAUAAUCAGAGCAGGAUUCUACUGGCCCGGAAUCAGCAAAGAAUCGAAAGCCUUCGUGCAAAAAUGUGAAGCUUGUCAGAGACACGCUCCCAAAAUCAACAUACCUGGGGAGGAAAUGGGGAUCAUGCAUGCUGCGCAUCCCUUCGACAAAUGGGGAAUCGACAUUGUGGGUAAAUUACCAACUGCUCCGGGAGGCAAGUGCUUCCUCAUAGUUGCCGUAGACUACUUCUCCAAGUGGAUCGAGGCGGAAGCUGUCACCAAAAUCGAUGAUAACACAGUGGAAAAGUUCAUAUGGAAGAACAUCUGUUGUCGGUAUGGGGUGCCAAGGAUUUUGGUCUCAGACAACGGAACCCAGUUCACGAGCAAGAAGAUCGAAGAUUUUUGUUCGCGGAUGGACAUCACACAGAAAUUUGUGUCAGUCGCCCACCCUCAAGCCAAUGGACAGGUAGAAUUGGCAAAUCGCACCAUAUGCGAAGGGAUCAAGAAGAGACUCGAACGAAGCAAGGGAUGA